UCCCGGGCGCCAGCGGCCGCGCUGGCAGGAGUCCCCGGUCGGCGGCUCGGGGCGCGGCGCUGUGGCGAGGGCGGCAGCUCGGAGCCGCGGCUGCUCCCGUAACCAAGGCGCUGUCAGGCGCGCACACACAGACACACGCGCAGCGCGAAGCAGAGCAGACUCGGGGCCGCCUUUGCAGCUCUUUCCCUCCCGCACCAUGCUGUGCUCCAGGCAGCGCCUGCACGCCGCUCCCUGAGGGGACGCAGCCCGCCGCCGCUUGGCAGCCGGCUGCCCGCCCCCGCUCCCCGAGUUCGCUCCGUCCCGGGCACUUCGGGCUGCUGCCGCCCCAUCGCAACGCCGUCCCCCGCUCCCGGUGUGGCAGCCCUUGAGCAGCGGGGGAGCAGCCGGGAGCAGCCGCCGCCGGCGAAGAGGAGCUCCAGCUCCCACCUCCGGAGCGCUUCAUGGCGUCUCACCAGCAAACCAGGAUCCAAGCCUACCUGGAGAAGAACAAGAUCGGUCCUCUCUUCGAGGAGUUGAUGACCAAGCUGAUAACAGAGACACCCGACCAGCCAAUCCCAUUUUUAAUUGAUCAUCUUCAGUCUAAACAAGGGAACCGUGGUCAGCUUCAGAGAACACUGUCUGGCUCUGCCGCCCUUUGGGCAGAGAGUGAAGCAUCAGAAAAUAAAGGAACAAGGAGAGAUUUCAGAAGUUAUGAUAAGCCUUGGCAGGUAAAUGCAAAGAAGCCUAAAAAGUCAAAGAGUGACCUUGCCGUAUCCAAUAUCUCUCCACCGUCACCGGAGUCCAAGUCAUUGCCAAGGUCAAUAGAGCAUCCUAAGUGGGAUUGGAGGACAAAACCGGAGAACCAUGAUUUUGAUGAGCUAAAUCAUAUUCUUCAAGAGAGCAAAAAACUUGGAAAAGCCCUUGAGAAUCUUUCUCGCAGUAUUGCUAUUUCUGAUGAACUUGAUAAGGAGACAACAGGUUUUAAUACCCCCCUUCUCAGACCUCGUGUGAUUGGAGAAUGGAUUGGUCGUGAAGAGAAUGAUGCUGAUCCCCUGGCUGCUGAGAUGCUGCAGCCACCAAUUCCAAGAAAUAAAAAUGAGCAGUGGGACAGUGAAGACAGCAGCAGUCCUGGUGGAAGCUUAAAAAUGGAGCCAAAGACCAAAGGACUAAAACAGCAACAGCAGCAACAUAAGAAACUGCUGGCUGCCAUGCUUUCUCAAGACUCCUUUGAUUCUGCCCACAGCACAGCUCCAUCCGUAACUGAAGAAGAUAUUGACAAUGAAGAUGAUGCAAUGGAACUGCUGGAGGAUCUUGAUGACCUAAGAAUGGAAGGAGUAACAAGUCUGAUGUCUUCUGGGAGCAAAUUCAAUCAAAGUAGAAGUGCUCAUCCUGCUGAACCGCAAGCAAAGGUCACAUUGAAUAUCUGUGCAAGAUGUGCCAGAUUGCAAGGAGAUAAUAUGGCAGAAAGGCCAGAAGAUGUCUCCAUGGUAUCUCAAACUUCAGAGCCAGCUAUGUCAGACUCUGAUGCUCAGGUACCUGGGAUUGAAACACUUAUGGAAGAUAUUGAUGAAUUGGAGAGUGCCUCUCAAGUGACAGCAUCUUCUCAGCCGGUUUGGACUAUGGAUGCCAUGGGUGUCAGAUCUGGUGGUUCCCCAAGACAGAAACUCUUAAAGGACUCCUUAGCAGCAAAAGAACUUCAGACCAUGGAAAAGCACCUAGCUGAUAUUGAAAAGGACCUAGCGCUGUGGGAAGAAGCAAGGCUCUCAAGAAGCCCUAGCAUCCAGCAUCACAGUUUAGGUACAUCUGAUCCUCAAGGCAGUCUUCAAGCUACACAGGGCCAAAAUCCGAGGCCAACUCAAAUGGGAAAAAACAUUCAGCUCCAAGGAAACAAAUCGCCACCACUGCCCACUAAUAGCCGAGCACGGGCCUCAGGUGUUACAAACAGCAGGCCUCCGACAGCUGGCGUGCAAACCAACAGGCCAUCGACUCCAUCAACGCCGGGGAGCAGACCUGUGACCCCAAACAGCUUGCUGUCGCGGCCACUCACUCCUAGCAGUCAAGGAAAUAAGGAAAGCAUCAUCAGUUUGCAUAGAAGUAGAUCUUUGACGUCAAAGAGCCAAAUGGGGAGGACCCUCAGCGCUGCUUCAGGGCUCUCUGUGCAAAUGAGUGGAGAUGUUGUCACUGUCACUGCUCAAAGAAGCAGUUUGUCAGAAGAUGAAUUCUUACAACAGCUUCAGCUUGCUCAUCAGCCUUGGAUGUUGCCGAGUGAUACAGAAAGUGAAGGAGUGGAAGCUGACCAAGACAAAUGUAAGUAUAUUUGUUAGGAGCUGAUGAUAUUUCAGAAAACUUUGAACUUUUUUAUAUCACUAAAUCUUGCAAUGAAGUCAUGCCUGCUCAGAGGAACUUUUCUCAUAAGAAGCAAUUACUCAUUUGUUUCAGGGCUGAACUUUAUAGGAUUGUUUUCCGUAAGCUUUCCUACAGACACUAAGCAUUGACAAAAUGAUCAAGGACCACAGCUUACCUAGCUAAGUGAAGUGAUUUGUUCUGGAGUGUUAAAGUAGUUGUUCCAGGGAAGUAGCAUGAAGUUGAAAUAGGUGUUCUGUUCAGUAAAUCUGUAUUGACCAGGAGAAAGCAAAAAAAAAAAAAAAGAAAAGAAAACCAAAACUGCACAUGCAUACACAAGCCCUGUAGCUCUGAAAAAUAGGGCCAUCAUCCUCAUUAACUCUAUUUUGCCUGCAUUCUUUUGAAUUCCUCUGUAUAAAAAAGUUCUCAGUUGCACCAGUAAUCCUUAAUUUCCUACACUCUUUGAAGCAGUUGUCUAAUCAUGAAUGUAAAGGUCAGCAGGAUCAUAACCUAAAUGACAGAACAGGUAACAACAAGGAGCAUGCUAUAAAUCACAGUACUUUCAAAGUACAGCGUGUUGUAUCUGACGACAAGGUACCUGUAAAUAGUCUCGUUGAAAAUAUUAAAUGUUUCACAUUCUGCAAUAAUUUUCUGAUCUGAAAGGGUAAAUAUGCAAACUAUUUCCAUAGAUAAUUAAUGUGAUAUACUCAAAAAGAACAGGCAAUUUAAUCAGCGUGCUUAGAAAUCCUAAUACAUGUGACUAAAACUUCCUUAAACAUGCAGAGGUAAAAAAUAUGAAAAAGCCAAUCUCUUCAUGGAAUGGAAUAGCUGUGUAUGGGAAUGAGUUCAUGGUUAAUGAUAAUCGUGCCAGAUAAACAGGAUGUAUUUCUUAAUGAUGCCAGUUUAAAAAAAAAUUAUAUUCGAGUUUCACAAAUCCAUAAAUAGCCUGAGGUUUGACUGUGAAAUUUUGAUUUACAUGCUGAGAUACUGAAGAGUGUGAGCUAGUUGUUUAAUAAGAGUAGUGUAAAAUGGAAGUUCUGUGUAUUCAGUUAAUUUUAGUCCAAAGUUGGUAACAGUAGUUUUAUUUUAUCUGAGCCUUUCAUUUACCUUAGAGCUGAAACCCAUUAUAAGUAGCCAAAGAGAGAGCCUGGUACCUACCCAAUCCAUGGACAUGAAAUUUCUUCUGUGUUUUUCCCCAAUGAAUUUACAAUCCCACCAACAUAGGUAGGACUGGCUUCACACAGCUUGGUGCUAAGUAUGUGAUCAGAAAAACCAAUGAUUCUGGACAUGUCAGAUGCAGUGUCUUUUCUUAGCUGCAGUGCCUGAAUUGUGGUGGGGGCAUUUCUGAGCGCCUAAGAUCCUGUGCUAUGAGAUUCCAGGAAUUCUGGUAGAUUGUUGCCACUGCCUGUUGUGAGAAAGUAGUAGAUUUUAGGUGGAAAUAUCAGUCCUACUUUGGGAUCAAAGAGAUUAUACUUGCCUGAGUAAUAAUAGUUAUUUUUCCUGGAUCUGAUGGUACCAAAGCUAGAGAAGGGAGAAAAAAGGUAAUUGUGAACUAUGUUUUCUGUAGUGAAGAGGGAUCUGCAGCUGUCACAUAUUCUUUUGAGACUAUUUGUUAGACUGUAUUGUCAAAUACUGCAUUAUUUCUAGUAUGUCAGUCUUUCUACUAACAUUCCUAAAGUAGAAAAACAAAGUUUAUCAAAGCAAUAAUUCCCAUAGCUGAUAUCUAAUGGUAAUCAAUGUUAUUAAAAUAACAAUGUUAUAAUGCCCAAGAGAGACGAUAUGCUAGGUCAUGGGAAAACAAUGAUGCAGAGCUAUCAUUACUGGCAAAGAGAAGCUGCAAAUUCCCAGUUGUAAAGUGAGGAAUCAGGGAGGGGUUUGGCAUACUUGCUGAUGCCAGUGCUUGUAGUCUGAGCAGCUGGCAAAAUUCUGCAUCAUUUUUCACCCUCAAGUUAAUAAAUCUGUAUAGAUGUUGUGCUUGUGAUUUAGUGUUGAGGGGCCCAGGAGUUCAUAAUUUAUGAGUCUUAGCAGAAGAGCUGCAAAAUUAAUCUUUACAAUAGCAACACCUGUUCUUUGACUCAGCUUUUAAUAAAUUACAUGUGGAUAAUACUUACCACAUUCUUUGACUACCUUCAGAUAAUAGCAGCCAGGUGUAAAGCUAGUUUUUGGUAGUGGGAAAACAAUGCAAAAAGAGAAGAUAUGGGAGUCACCUUGAGUUCUUUUAAAUUAAUGCCUUGUGGUUACUGUUCUACAAGAAAAAGAAUGAAAAACUUUUUUUGGUGGGGAACUGUGCAAAUGUGCUCAGAUGCAGGAGUUUAAAGAGGCUAUUUUCAAGGCCAGUGAAUGAUAGCUGAACAGAAGUAGGUCACUUUGGAAUCUCAGAAUCUUCCUACAAUUAUUUGCAACACAGAUAUGGCAGUGCAUAUCUUGUCUUAUGGAAAGGAGGUCUAGGUUUUCAAUUCCUGAAAAUCAGACUUUACUUUCUGAACCCUUGAGGCCCUCUGACAGCAUUUAAAAAAUUUAUGAGGAGCAUCCAGAUAUAAAUAACUAGAUGUCAGUCAUUUUUAAAGAUGUUUCAGACCAGUUAUGACAAUAUAAAUUUGUAAACAUACACUAGAGAAAUAUGUGUACAUUUUUCCCCUUACAAUGUAAAUUUUGUGAUUAAAAUAAUAGGAACUAGUGCAUACUUUUUAUAGUAGAACUUUCACCUAAUAACUAAAUCUCUUCUGUUUGUUAAAUAUGUUCUUUGAUAUUAUGCAUGGACUGAGCAAAGAGGAGUGAGAACUGUCAAGGCAGCAUGAUCCAAAAUGAAGAGCGUGUGGCUCUUCUGUAACUUUAGUGUCACUAAAAACAUGUAAAAAGGGACUUGUGUUUUGUUCCUCUCAAGAUAUUUCCCCAUUGUUGUCUUCAGGAGUUUGUUUGUAUACUAAUUAUCUGCAGAAAGUUCUCAGAGAAUAUAUAAAUAUCAUUUUUGGAAACAGAAGGGAUCUGGAGAAAAUAUUUGCCAGAUCCACAAUAUUUCAGGUUGAUGAGAGUCCUUUGACAAAAGUAAUUUUCUUCAUUACGGGGCGCUGUUGCUAAGAAACAGAAAACUGCUUCUGCAGUCACCAGAGCGUUUCUCAGACAGCUUUUCUGAAAAGUUUCAGAAGACUGGCAAGAGCCAGCUUAAGUUUUCCCUUGAGAACAGUCCCAACAAAUAUUGCUGAUUGAAAAAUUCUGAUGCAUCACUAGCUUCCCAGAAUCUUGGAAGGAUGACGACUGUCUUUUGUUGUAUUUUGGCCUGCUUUUAGUAGCCCAGGGAUGGACUUGCUGCCCAAAGUCUGCUUUCCUGAGUGCCUAACUGAAGAAGUAAGUCACAAAGCAGAUAUCUCCAGAUUCAAAAGCCCUGAAUAUGUAGGAUCCCUACACCUGCAGUCAGUUCAUUUCACAGAUGUACGUGAUAGGAAAAUAACUUAGGCUUUUAGGGAACUUAUUGUUUCAUUAGUUCAUAUUAAAUAUAUAUAUGUGUGUGUUUGUACACAUUCCUUUGCUCCAGUCUGAUUAAGGUAUAGCAAUUUUGUAGUCAUUGGCACACUAGGCAGUGUGGCUACAAGUUCAUCCUAACUUCAGCUUGUCAACAGAAAUACUGGCUACUCUUGGGACAAGUCUUAAACUCUCACCUACUGAUCUCUGGCAAGAAACUUAUGCAUUUUGCCACUAUAUAUCUGCAAAUUCCUUUCUAAGGGUUUGCAAUGGAAAGUCAACUACUAACAAAUAAAAGCUGAUUGUUAGGAAAAAGUAUUAUUUAUUUCCACUCCAUUCAUUUUUGUACUUCUCUUGAAACACUGCUGUCAAAAGCCCUCUGCUGAUUACUUCAACAGGUAAUGUAUAAAAUGUUCUUUUUCCCAUUCUGCAUUCUGACAAAUGUCUGCCUAAGAAAAAGACCCCAAAAAUGAAAUACUGAUUUCUGUAGGAUCAACUAAUUCAGAAUGUGUUCCAGUAAAAUUCCAAACUUUACAAUGUUUGUCUGCAGCUGAAAUUCCUCAUGCUGAGCAAGUUCACACAGCUAAACAGAUAUUCUUUCUUAAUAAAUUUUAAAAAUAGAUGUUCCUAAGAUUUGAAAAAUAGCUUGAUUGGCAUUCAUGAAAAGGAAUUUAAUGCUGCAAUAUGUUUUUGAUGUGAAAGUUUCCUCUUACUAGAGCCAGUUACCAUAUGUAUGUGUAUGAGUAGGAGUGACAGAAUCAGGCCUAGAGUAGAAGCUGUUGAUUGAAACUUUUAUGGAUUAACACAAACACAUUCCUGUUAGUCACGUUCAGCUUUUUGCAUUUGUAUUCUGCUCUGAUGCAUUUUAUCAGUACCUGGAAACAUCUCUUUCAGUGUUUAUAACUUGGGGCAAGACUAGAUUUUUUUAUCUGUUAUAUCUUAGAUAUAAGGCAUUGCAAAAAUGUAUUAAUGAAUUACAUGCCAAGUUAAUAAGAUGUAGUUAGAGAUUUUCGCAGUGAAUACUAAAUUCACUACAAAUGCUUUUUCUUAUCUCAAAAGUGAAUCUGCAUUCAACUUCUGGGAAACUUUGAUUUGAAAUUCGUUAUUCUUUUGAAGAAACCUAGGGUAUCUUUCUUUCACCAUAUAUCUCAAGAGUAGAAAUAAAAACCAGAAUAAAAAAGUCAGCAUGCUGCAUCUCCCCACCCUUUCUAGAGAGUGUCGUGACUGUGGUAUGCUUGGCAUAUGAAGGAUUUCCCAAAUCUCUCCAGACAGCUCCAGGCCCGCCUUAGAAGUGGAGUACCAGUCAGGAUUGGUGUGCUUUAAAUACAGUUUCCCCAGGCCUGUUGGGAAGUCUUGGCUGGAUGUCUUGCAACAUUUAUAGCUGAAACUUCACCAUUUCAUAUAACAGAUCUUGAAUCUGAAAAUGAGAGAGAAAAGAGUUUUCUAUCCUGGAAACACUAGUAUUCAGUUGAUCAUAGUGAAGCAAAAGUAGAGAUUGGCGUUAUUUUUACCAGUAGUUGCAUCACUCUUGGAAAGGUAAGACUUCAGAUGCAGCCUGGUACAGUUGGAAUCAGACUCAAGGUUCCUGUUUUUUGACUGAAUGUUCUGUUAUGGCUCUAGUUCAUGUCGCUUUGUUUAUUAAUGUCUGAUACUUGGUUUAAUCUUAGAAAAAUUGCCACUGAAAUUGGGCAGGGAGGGAGGAAAUUUUCCGCCGCAGUGAGAAAAAAAAAAUAAUCCUGUAUUUCAGUGGAGACAUAUUCCAAACCCAAGGAUAUGAAUUUUUGCAUUAUUAUUGUUAUGGUGAUCUCGGAUUUCCAAAGAAUGUAUUAAUGUAAUACAAAUAACACGGUCAUCUAAGUCACAUAGAGUGACUUAGAGAAUUAUCAAGGUACACAUUAGGUGAAUUAAAAGCUGGCUCACUGAGGAAUCAAAAAAUAAGAGAAUCUAAUGGGAAGAUGUAGAUGAAUGGGGCUCAUUAGUGCAUGAUAGGUUUAGAUAAUUGAUGUAAGGGAGAAGUUGAAGAUAUUAAAUAAUAUGAAUCUGCUGAUAUAAUGGCCACAUUCCAGUAAAAUGCACUUUAUUAUAACCAGAUGAAAUAUAUUUGAAGCAAAUGAAAUAUAUGUGACACCAGAGAAAUAUAUCUGUCUCUGCUGCAGAAUAAUGAGACUUUGUCCUGGAAAGCAGUGACUUAAUGGGUUUAGGAUGGUCACAGAUUAUCGUCUCAGUGUGAGCUCUUAGAAUAACGCUGUAAACAAAUGAGGGUAAACCAUUCCUUGCAUGCCUAAAAAGUUAAGUAACAAAGUAAUUAUUCAAAAUAGUAUCACCUAAAAUCUGCACUUCGGGUGUCAUUAGGAAAGAUUGGAAUUACUUAAGAAAUUACAGAAGAUUAAAAGCGACCCAGCAUUUGAGAAGUCUUGUUAGCAGUUCACCUAAAGGCAUCCACUAGGAACUUCAGAGAUGAUAUAUGUCUGUAGAUCUUUAAAUAAGAAAGAUUAAACUCUUCAAAUUAUGACAACGGAAAUUGAUGCUAUGACCUAGCAUGCAGGGGCCUUAAGCAUUGUAAGCAAAAGUUGAGGGAAGUGAUUAAUUCGAAGUCAUUAACAUGAGGUGAUGGGGCUUUCUAAAUGACAGAUGUUAAUCCAGCUGGAGAUUCUGGUAUGCAAGUGGUCAAAUUAGAUGAGCACACAGGAUUUUUUUGCUGGUGUCUGUGAAUAUACUUAUUCACUCUCACAAAGUGUAGUCUAGACGUGAAAUUUCAGUUACUUCCCUGGGGUAGGCAUAUUUCCUGUUAGGUAUGGAUAAAGGUGAGCAUGAGUUAAUGAUCAUAUCUGCCUUAAUUUCUUUAAAGGUUUCCUUAUUUGUGUUUUAACGUGUUCAAAGUGAUUCUCAGUCCUCCCAGCAGUACCUGGUGAAUAUCACAUGAUUACAAACAAAAAGAGCUUAUUCUUUGCAGAUGAAAAAUGCAUUUUCUUACAAACACCAGAUCAUGUGCGUGACUGUAUUUACAUGCAUGCACAUUUUUGUGAUUGUAUGUUGAGGCUUAUUCUUGUGAUUUUAAACUGCAAAGAUUUCAUUAGUUGUUUUUAUUAUCAUAAUUUAAUCCUUGGAAUAUAAAAAUGAUUUAUGUGAGAAAGUAGAGUGCCUCUGGAUCAAGUAUGUGCAACCUAUUGUAUGGUACCUGCUUGAGCAGAGGGCUUGGACUCAAUGAUCUCUUGAGUUCCCUUCCAACCUCUGUGAUUCUGUAAUUCUGUGAAGUUAAGGUUGUUCGUAAUGAUCCAAAAAUAUAAACUUAGGAAAUAGUAAGAGUUUGGAUUAAUACUGACCAUAAUAUAGAUAUUAGUAAAAUACCAUACAGGCUUUAUUUUGCUUGACAAAGCAAGUCAGUAGAUACCGUGAACAGAUUUUGUGCUUUGAAAAUUUUAAAGAUGCAUGUGACAAGAGUGGAAUAGAACACAAUAAUUCAUUUGGAAGGGGCCUUCAAAGAUCAUCUAGUCCAACUACCUGACUACUUCAGAGCUAAACAGAAGUUAAAGUGUCCAAACACCUCUUGGACACUGACAGAUACACCUGUCAGAGAGAGCAACCACCUCUCUAAGUCUGUUCCUUGGUUUUGGCACCCUCACAGUAAAUAAUUUCUUCGUUCUAUCUAGCCUGGAUGCCUAAUAUUAAAUGGCAAUGCAGUUAACAACCAUGUUAACCAAGUUAAAAACCAUGCAGUUAAUUAAAUAUUUUGGGUUUCUUUUUACAUAUUAUUUUUAAUUCAGAAACAAUUGCAAGUGGCAUUCUAAGCUUUUAGGUGAAAAAUACUAGUUAUCCCAUUUUUUUUAAAUUCUGCAGAGUUCUGUGUAUUGUGUAAACAGCCUUGGAUAGAUGUACAGGUAAAUUCCACAGGUAAUUGUCUAUUCUUAUCACUCCAAGUCUGUACUGAACUUUCUUAAAAUUUUGUUCAAAACAAGAACAUCAACAUACAUUAAUUUGCAUAUGUUACAAUAAAAUACUUCUCUAGUUGUAUAUUGGUACAGCAAUCAUAUUAUAUAAGUACUUUUAUUUGAAUCACAAAUGUGUUGAAACACAGGUUGGUUAAUGUUGUCCUAUUGAAAGGGUGGUCUAAAAGAUCAAAAUCAAAAUGAUAAUCUUAAGGAAAAUAAAGCUCUUCCCUAACAUUACUGAAACAAUUUUGGAGAAUAAAGUAAAAUGAUGCUUUCAUUGACUGAUCACUGACAGGCAGAUAGUAAGGUCAGCUGCUUGUCUUAGUUUUGGCUGGGGUGGAAUUGUUUUCUCCAUAGUGUCUGGUGCGGUGCUAUUUUUUGGCUGUAGGAGAAAAGCAAUAUUGUUAACACACCUAUGUUUAAAGUUAUUGCUAAGCAGUGUUGCACAGAGCCAAGGCUGUACCGAUUUCUCAGCUCAUACUAACAAAGGGAUGGGAAGAGACAGAAUCAAGACUACUGACUUGAACUGGCCAAAGGUAUAUUCCAUGGCAUAUGAUGUGAUGCAUAAUGAGUGUUUUGAGGGUGGGAGAUCACUGCUCUUUUCUGCCUGUUGACCACAACACUGCUGUUGCAAAGAAAUGUAACUUUAUAAUGGAAAUGCAGUCUAAUUUGCUGCAUGUUGGUGGAGGAAAUUUGUCACUUGAUUUUGUUUUGACUAUAUCAGGAUUUUUUAGACUGCUUUUCCAAAGCACCUGCUUUGUUGAGUAACCGUAACUUAAAUUAGGCAUAGCUGUUUGUGCAGUGCAGUGAACCAUGAACUGAACUGGUUGAAAUAGCAAACUUAGCAAACAGAAUACUUUUACUCAGAUAAUUCAGUCCUGUGUUGUGUCUCAGCCCUGUGGAUGCUGACAUUCGUGCUACGUGAUUCAGGAAGAGCUAUGCAGAGUAUCCGAGAGUCUGACAGUAAAGGGCUGAAACUGUUUCAGCUGAUUUUUCGUAAGAAAAAAAAUGCUCAAGAAAAAUGCCCCCGGGGUCUUAGCAAAGACUCAAGUGAUGCUAACCAAGUGAAGACUGAGGGGCACAGUCAUCCUGUGGAACAGCAUCUGGCCCAGCGGAGCGUAUCAAUGACUGUUCAGCUCAAGGACUGCUGUGCAGACUUUUGAGCUGGAGGGAAUUGGCAAUUUCUUGUAUCUUUCGUACUACAGAGCACUGUAAAGAGUUAGGAAUUACACUGUUCAUUUUUUUAUACCUUUCUGGAUUUCUCCAUCUGCCAUAUUGGCAUGCAUUUCUGCUACAAAGAAGAGCGCUCCUUGCUGCAAACCGGAGUAUAUUUUUUAUUCAAUUUAUUUAUUGCAACUCUUUUUAAAAAACGUAGACCCCAUUUGCCUGUCACCAAUGCCUUGUGCAGUCAUUUUUAGCAGUGAAGAAAGAGCAGAUUGAUUUUCUACACCAAGUUUUCACUCAAUUUAGUUGAACGCAAAUGGCCCCACAAAGUGCAAGACUCAGGGAGCAGCAAGCAGUGAGUACAUCUCUUUGCAUUAAAUAAGGCUUUGAAAGGCUCUUGAUUUCAUAGCUAAAUGAUGGAUUCAGCAGAUGGGGUCAGAUUGCUUCACAAACAAACAAACAAACAAACAAAAAGUAGAAUGACUAAUUCCAGGUUGCAAAAAUGGGAAGUGUAGGAUCUAUGAAAGAAAUGUGUUUUUUCCUCCUGUGCCAGUGUUCUCCAAGCUCUAGAGAAAGUUUUUACUCCUUAUUAUCUUAGUGUUAUAAAUAUGUUUUACAAGGAUGAGAUUUAUUCUGAAAGUUUCUCUUCUGCCACGAAGAGAAAGGAUUUCAAAUUUAAGUAAGAAAAAGUCUGCAAUGGAAAAGGUUAAGAUUUUGUAAUGAAUUCAAUAACCGUGACUUCUUGGCAUAUCAGAGAGCAGGUCCACAAAUGUGGAAUCAGGCAAAGAAGAGGAGGGCUGAUCCUCGAUGUGAGGCUUCUGUUCAUUUUGGUUAAAUCUUGCUUGGCAAUGUGCAGUACCAGAGUGUGCGCUGCAGCAGAGUGUGGGGAAUGCUUAUGUUCUCUGUGUUUUAUUUCCAUGAUCUUCAAACUGCAAUGAUAAAAUAUGAUAACUGACCACUAAAGCUAUGAGAAAUCAUCAGUUAAUGUUUCUAAAACACGUCACAAGUGUCAGUCCCAGUUCUAAUGUCUGUCUGGAUUUCUUUCUGCUAUAAUGUCACAACCAUUAAAAUAGCUGUAGUUUGUUUCAGUAAUUUUACUCAAAUAAAUCAGUGAUGUCUUUCUGCUUAUAUUAACCACUUCUAAAUCAGCCGUUCUCUUUUACGUGGAAGUGCUCAGCAUGUCAGAAUGACCCAUCUCACCCACCAUAAGCUAUCUAAAAGUGAGGGAGCGUAGUCCACACUAUUUGUUCUCUGAAAUAGACAGAAACAAAGGAACUUCAGAGGUCUCAUAGAGAUGUACAGUGCUGGGGGAGUGACAGAGAAUCCCUUCUCCCUGUCAAGGGCUCCUGUAUCUUUUGUAUCUGCAGCCUGACUCUACUCUAGCUCAUGUCAGCCAAGAGUUGACUUGGUCUUAUUAAUAUCAUUUCUUAUCAGUCAAGAUUUCUAUAAUGGAUAUGAGAAAGCAUAGAUUAUAUGUUCUGGCUGGCAUCUCACUUCCUUCUGCAGCUAAGAAGACUGCUGUUCCUGGAGUUUUUGCAGAUAGCAGUCAUGAGAAGAAUUUGCAAAUGGAACAGGCUUACAUGUGUUUGCUUUUCUUUUUCCACCCUUAAGAUGAAUUUGUUACUUAAAGAUCGAACUGUGACAAUACUUGAAUCUCUGCUAAAUGAAGUGUCUCCAAGGAAAACAGUUGUUAAACAUUAAGUAUGAGUGAUGAAAAAAUGCAUAUCAAGUUAAUACUGGGUGAGAAAUGUUGUUAAGAUUUCCCAGGUUUUAUUUCUUCUUUUUUUUCUUUUUUUUCUUUUUUUUUUUUUAAGUGUUUUGCAGAGGUGUUCAUAGUAUGUGGCUUAUUCUGUUGAAUAUCAGUACAGUAUCAGAUAUAAAACCCAGGCUUAUCACCUUGCAAAGUGAAACUUGAAGAUAUUGUUCCAAUACUAUCUAAUCGAUUACCUGGAGAUAACAGGGAAUGGUUUGCUGCUGCCUUUAAUCUUCCAAAGAGAGAUUGCGUAUUUAGAUAUAAAAAAUAAAUGAAAAAGUUGAAGUUACUGAUCCUAAUUUGCUUCAGUGUUUAAAUAUGACAGAUUGAAGGCUUCUAAGGUAACUAACAGACCUUUAUGCAUUCAGCUCUGUAAUUCAACAUCGUUUGGGUGUUAUUUAUUUACCAGUUAAAAACCCUUGUUUUUGAACUGGGUGCAUGUAACAGGAACAGAUGCAUCAUUACUUGAGUUUUUACAAACAUUUGGGGAGGGGAUUCUGUUACACUCAGCAACAUGUGCAAAACAAUCUGCUUCAAUGUGCAUGUGGAAAAAUUUGUAAAAGCUAAUUUUUCCAUUUUGCUCUGGGGAAAGUUUUCAACCUGAACACAACUGGAAAUGAAAACGUUACUAUCUCAGCUCACCCAAUUCAUUAUAGUUACCUAUUAUACUUAAUGCAUUGUACAACACUGUUCAAUUUUUGCAACCACUUAGCAUUAUUAUUACAAGGGAGAGGCAGAAAACCCUUUAAAAUGCUGAGUAAUUGGAAAAAAAAAUAAAUAAAGAAGCUCUGGUUUGCUUCUGAAUAUUUUAGUAAUGAAGGAAAACAGAGAUUCAUCAAAAUCCACAUUGCUUAUGUGAGUUCAGCAUUAUGGAAAACUUCUACAAAAUGCAAGCACAACGAAUUUCUGUUUUAUCAUAUGUUUGUGUACGCUUUAACCCUAAUUUCUGUGUUUUCUUUUUGAUUUCACAGGUUUGUGAAAUCAGUGGGAUUGCUGAAGAGCAAUUUAAUAAAAACAAAAGUACGUUGAUCAAAACUACACCUGAACACUUGCUUUAGUUUAUACAUAAUAAUUUUAAAUGAAGUUAUUUUUCUAGUUAUCAGCAGUACAUAAGGGGAAGCACUCCGAUACGUAGAUGCUGUAAUGCACUGAAUCAGAAUGCUUACUGUGGUACAGUGGCCUUAGGAAAGAAGGGUUGCUGUCACCAUUUAGUACAAAGUUACUCUAAUGUUUUUGUUUAGUUUUACGCUGUGCUAUUUUGGAUUGACAUUUGAUAAACUAAACUCUGCCUGACCAAAAUAAACUUUGCCUAGAGACUGUAUGUAUUUUAACUUGUCUAAGGUUUUCUACUCCUUAUAUUUUUGUAAGCUUUGCUCUUUUUUAGAUUAACAGACAUGAAAGUAUUUUUUGCCCACAUUUGCCAGUCUGUCCCAUUCAGAUCUCACAGAGAACUUGCUGUUUGCUCAUAGUCACCUGCAGAGAGGGGCUGGGGGAGUGAGUGAAUGAGUGUGUGCAGGGAGCAGGAACAGGUGUUGCCUGUGUCACAUAGCUUUGCAUUGAGUUUAUCUACUUUGAUCUUUAAAACAAAUAAGGACUGUUAAAAAGGGAAUAUACUGAUAAGGAGUGGAACAUGCAUGCAAAAAUAAAGUAUCUAAAGGAAUUUCAUAUGUAGAGUAAAACACUAUUUACCCAUAUGAGUUACUGAAACAAAUUUGCUGUUCAAAAUAAACUAGCUGAUAUAUGCUGUAUGCUUGGAAAUUUAAAAGAUGCUUUGGCACAGACUUCAAAUGAAGGGAUGUGGCAGUUGCAUUUACUGAUUUCAUCUAUGUAUCUGUUAAUUCUGUCAAGUGUGUUUUCAGUUUGCUUUGUCUUUAUGUAAAGUUGGUUCCUGUAUCGUAAACAUAACAAUAUAAUGAAAAUUGCUUGCAACUGUUAAAAACAGAAAUAACAGAUCAUCUAUUUCUUUAAGGAAUAAAAAUGAAUUCUCUGUCAUGCGUGUUCCAUAGUGUGAAGUUUUUUCCCCUGUCUCUCACACAGUCAGUGCUAGCACAAAAUGUAUCUGAUCUGUCUUAGGCAUAAGCAAGUGAAAUGGAAGAUGUGAUUGUGCUGAGCAGGCUCUUGCUAUAUGUAUCAUUGUUGUUUAGACUUCCUUUUUGUAAAAACAUUUAGCAUACUGGAACCCCAUGGGAACAGUCCCUUGAAGUUCAUUGCAGGCUGGGGCUUCAUUAAUUAGUCAUCAAUAAAGAAAAUCAACUUUGUUGUGUAUAUUUUCAACAUACACAUUUGCAUGUGAGAGAAUAUGUUGCCAUUGAUAAGUUACAGUUGAUUAGUUUUCUGCAGUAAAGCAUUUUUGUGAAAGCACUUAUAGUUCCAGUAGUUAUAGCUAUAGUUCUAGGUUAUAUUAUUCCAUAGUGACCAUACUUUACUUUGCAGUUUUCAUUAAUGUCAAGGUAGAUUUACCUUUUUUUUCCUAAUUGCUUAUGUUAUUUACUGAAAUUAUAUUUAAUCCCUUGGGAAAAAAAUCUCAGAAUUUGGCAGCAUAUUAAUUCUAGAAGUUCUUGCAAGCUAAAAUAUUUGAAAUACAAUUUGGACUGGUAAUGCAGAGGAAUUUGGUUAGAAACACGUCUGUUCAUAUAUUUAAUUAUUGAUUGAUUGAUUGAUUCUAAUUUUAUUACAUCCUGAAACAUAAGACAAGGUUUAUUCAGGAAGGCACAAUAUAAAUCCUGUUCCUGUUCUCAGUUACAGAUAUAGUGUGCACCAUCAACUCUCAGAAAAAUUAAUAACUUCACAAGUGUGAAAUGUUUGCAAGUGUGGCAGGAUGGUUUGACCUUCAUGUGGUCCAGCUAUAAAAGCUGUGGAGUCUUGGGCUCCUGAGAGCUGCCUGUUCUUGAGAUUGGCUUUUUUUCUCGGGCACUUUGUAAGCUGAAGAGUAUAAAUGAUGAAGAAUGUGGCUUCCCCCCCAGUAUGUAAAUUGGAAAACAUACAGAAAAUUCCCCGUCAUUUUUUUGUUUUAGCUCUCAUGAGACUUGAAUGAUCUCAUGAUUAUUUAACACUUGUGGUUGGCAGUAGUCCCUCUAAAGUGUAUGGCAAGCAAUGUUGGCUGAUCCUCAUGCUCAACCCAGCAACCACUGCUGGCAUUGUAGAGGAGAAGCAGCCACCUGGUGCCUUGACUGUGAACAAGCUGGCAAUGAAGCUCCAAGGAAGGACUGCGAUGUGCUUAAUAGAAAACCAGCAGCUGGGCUUAGGGACUGGGGAGCAUAAACAGCAGCUGGGAAGGCUGUGCAGAAAGCAAGUGUGAUAAACUUGUUUUCACCUUUGAGCUGUGGGAAGCCUUACUCAUUUUCAGUUUGACCUUUCUGGCUUCAGGAAGCAUUUUCCAUUUGUCAGUUGCUUAUGGAAUAAACUCUGCCACCUUGGUGCCUAAUUGAACUGAGAGUCAGCUGUGUGAGUUCGUGUUGAUGUUUCUCUACUUUGUUUGGCAGCAGUAUCAAGAUGGUUUGGUGUUUUUUGGGUUUUUUUUUUUGACUCUGCACCAGGCACUUCAAAGUCAUAGUUCAGUAUAAGCUAUGUAAAAAAUGUACCUCUCUUUAUCUGUAGGAAACAGUAGAUUUAGUGGUUUUCAGAAGGAUGCUACGUGGUUCAUUGCUAUUCAAUUACUGCUUUUUGAUGGAAGAACCACUAUAAACAGAUUCUUUUUUUUCCUAGCCAUAUGUUUACAUCUUUGUUUUUAAAAGCAUUUGCUAAUGCAGUG